AUGUCUUCAGCCGAUACAAUUGAAUCUGUUCAAAAAGCUGUUUUAGCCGAAGUAACAAGACAAGAUCAUUCAUUAAAACAUGUUCAACCACCAGCUGAAUUAUUAUCUACAACACAAGCUCGAGUUUUACUUGAAGUACAAGGUGGUAAACAUGAUUUAAAUCAUGUUCCAAAUCCACCACGAGGUGGUUUAACUGAUGCUGAAAAACAAGCUUAUUUAGAAGAAAAACAACAAACACAAAAUUAA